GGGGAUACAUAAUGUGGAGGAGAUCCGGAUAAGGCGUCAACUCCGGACACACGCAAAAUGAGUUUUCAAAGGAAUGAAUGGUUCGUUCCAAACAGAAAUGAUGUUUAUCUUGACUCGAAGACACGGAUACAAUACGCUCACCCUGCCUUCGUGUCUCAAAGCGUAGUUUCGGGAAACGUUCAACUGCAAACGUCUGCACCUACCAUACCAAGCUGGCAAAAGGCUUCCGCCAAAGGACAGAGAUAUUCAGCAAAUACAGACUCAUUUGGGAGGCAGCUGAAUGAAGCGAACGAUGCACCGGUGAAGACGUUUGAAUUACAUAAUGGCAAGGAAGGUUUUGUACCAGGCGUUAACACGACCGUUUGCCGCAACGGAAGAGUUUCUAACGAGCAAGCUGACUGUCACGAAUACAUUGGACGGGAAAAACUUUGCGCAUGUUUCGGCACACCUUAUUCUGGCCUUCUGAACAGCUAUGCCAAAGUCUCUUCCGAAAGAAACUAUGAAUCCCUGACGUCCUAUUGUGGUCCGUCACCCAUGGGACCUCAAGAAUGUUACGAACGUGACCACUAUGCUCCUCCCUACUUUCCUCAUCUGAUGCCGUACCGACACGGAGGCGAUCUAGUGGACAUACGGCGAGCAAAUCCAGGCUCGGGGCAGAUUCAGCUGUGGCAGUUUCUUCUCGAGUUACUCGCCGAUGCCUCAAACUACACCACGAUCUCUUGGGAAGGCAGAGACGGCGAAUUUAAGCUUAUUGACCCAGACGAAGUUGCCAGACGUUGGGGAGAGAGGAAGAGCAAGCCCAACAUGAAUUAUGACAAGCUAAGUCGGGCUCUCAGAUACUACUAUGACAAAAACAUUAUGUCAAAAGUACAUGGCAAGAGAUACGCAUACAAGUUUGACUUUGUUGGUCUUGCACAAGCUAUUCAACAGAACUCCGAGAGUCCACAUUGCAGUCUAGGGGCAGAUAUGUGUGUAAAUUCAACAGGGUCACAACCCCAAAAUCACGCGGCACACAACGUAGACCGUGAUUUCUCAUAUCAGCAAACUUACUCAAGAAACAAAUGAUGUCUUCACUUAUGCGGCUUCAAAAUGAUCUGUAAAUAACACCCUAUUGAACUCUUUCUAAAUAUUGGCGAUUUAUUGGCCAGAGUUUAUUACUCUUCACAUUGAAUGGCCUUGUUUUUGUUUUGUAACAAAUACCCCAUGUUUUUAUGACAAACAAUUGCCCCCUGGGACAAAUAUACACAUGGGCACAUUAACGCGUCUAAAAAAUAACCAAAGGGUAAACUUGCCCAGUUGGGUGCAUUUGCCCCUUGGGCCAAAUAUUUUCCCGAGGGGCAAAUAUUUGUCAUAAAAACGGGGUUUCAGUGAGAGUUCAUAAAUAAUUAAGAAACAUGUGUACUACAUAAGAGUAUAAUGGUUUGUGAAAGUUACUAAACAAUUUUAGUAAGUAAACGCCUAGGUACGGCCGUAAACGCGCGUGUAUCCGCAAUCAUUUGACGUUGACCAAUGAAAUGAAAAGAAAUAUCCCUCAGUAUGCGAGUUCGUCUUUUGAUUUGAAUUUUUGUUCGUAAUAAGAUAUGCAUUAGUUUUAUCUUUCUUCAAACUGGUAACUCAAAUGCCUUCCAAAAUACUUAAAUUUAUAAGAAAGGCUAAAUAUUAGUAACAAAUACUAGUAGAUAAAAUACAUGGCAAAUACUACACAAUUGAAGCGGAAAUUCUAUUUGAGUAAAAUGUGCAUUUUACCGUACGUCAAUACCCUAUUGGGGGCUUUAAAAGGCAUCAUAAAUCUACAAGCGUCUUGAUAGAGGCUCGUGAAAUUCAAUUCUGCAAAAAAUCGAAGUGGAGUCGCAUCAAACUUUUUACCCAGUUAUCUCCCCUGACAAGUAGAAUAUAAUUUAUUACU